UCCAACAGAGCACUGCUUCUGGUCAGCGCCGCUUCAUCCAAGCAGCCGUCCCCUGCCCUCGCUGUCGCUCCAAGCUCCUCGUACCCGCAUUUGCUGCCGUCUGCGCUCGUUCGCCUUGGAGCUUGAAACCGCGCCUCUGACAACAAAGCAGAAUAACCGACUCGAAGCGAGGCAGGGCCCACAGAGCACCAAGUAUCGGGACGACCCAACUUACCGAAUCCAGUGGAGGCGGGGAAGGGUUGUGCGGGCAGUCUGAACGGCGUACAGGCGAAAGCUCACCCAAUCCCCGCGCGGAACCCCCCCACACGCAUUUCCACUACCCACCAAAAGCCGCUCGCAAUGGACGAACCCCCCCGCUUCCCCCGCCGCCCCGGCUUCGGCACCUCUGGCCGCCCACUGCAAGUGCGAACCAACUUUUUUCCCGUGCUCUCACUCCCCGGGCAAAACAUCCACCACUACGAGGUCACCAUCACGCCCGAAGCCAACCCGCGGACCAACCGGCGAUUAUACACGUUGUGGGAGGAGCUGAAUCGGAAUGGGAUCCUGAAGAAUACACGGCCGGUGUUUGAUGGGAGGCGGUAUAUCUUUGCGCCGAGGGGGUUAUUGAUGAAGGAUGAUGCCGCGUCGUUUUCGUUGGAGUUGGGGGAUGAGGUGGAGGAGGGGGUGCCUCAGGUUCCGAUUCGACCAGGCAGAGGCCCCCGAAAAUUCAAAGUCUCCAUCUCCAAAAUCGGGGAAAUCAACAUGCACCGCUUGCAUCUCUUCCUCGAAGGCAAAUCCUACGAAGCACCCACCGACGCCAUCAUGGCGUUAGACAUUCUCCUGCGACACCGCCCCUCGAUGCUGUACACAACUGUCGGGCGGUGCUUUUAUACGCCAGAGGGGUCGGCGAGCAUUGCGAAUGGGGCGGAGCUGUGGCAGGGGUUUCAUCAGGCGAUUCGGCCGAGCCAGCAUAAGAUGUUGUUGAAUUUGGAUGUUUCUGCCACGGCGUUUUUGGAGGCUGGCCCCCUGGUAGACACAGUCGCCAAAAUCCUCGGCCGGGCCCGCCCGGACGACAUCCGCCAACCCUUCAACGAACGCGACCGUUACCGUCUCGAAAAGGGCCUCAAGAACGUCAAAGUAAUCACCACCCACCGCGGCAACAGCCGUCGGCGAUGGAAGAUCGCCAAAAUCACGACCACACCCUGCAGCCGCACGUUCUUCCCGAUGAAGGAGGACAGCGGCGGGCGCGAGGAGACCGUGUCGAAUUAUUUUAGGGAGCGAUAUGGGACGAAAUUACAGUUUGAGCAUUUUCCGUGUGUGGUUGUGGGGGAUCCGGCGAAACAUAUUUAUUUGCCGAUGGAGGUGUGUAGGGUGGUGCCGGGGCAGAGGAUUUUGAGGAAAUUGAAUGAGAAGCAGACGGCCGAUAUGAUCCGCUUCACCUGCCAACCCCCCCACGUCCGCUCCAAUAAAGUCUCUAACGGCUUCAACCUCCUCCUCACCCAAGACAACGAAUACCUCCAAGAUUUCAACGUCACCAUCGGCCGCGAAAUGGCCACCGUCAACGCCCGUGUCCUUCCCACCCCAACCCUCUCCUACCACCCCUCCUCGCGCGAAUCCAGCAUCGCCCCGCGCGAAGGCUCCUGGAACCUCCGCGACAAAAAAGUCGCACAAGGCGCAUCCCUUAACUCAUGGGCGGUAGUGGUCUUUGGCUCGGAGCGCGAGGUCUCGGUCUACAACGUACAGAAAUUCCUCCGGGAGCUGAUCUCGACCUGCCGGGAUACGGGGGUGGAUGUGCGGCAGCUGCAGCCGCCGAUCAGGCACGCGAACCCGUUGGGCAACAUUGAGGCGAUUUUGAAAGCCGCGUUUAUGGAUGCGGGGAACACGUCAAAUCAUAAACCGCAGCUGGUGUUGGUCAUUUUACCGAAUACGGGGGUGCCGCUUUAUGCGGAGAUUAAAAGGAUUGCGGAUACGGUUAUUGGGAUUGCGACGCAGUGUAUGCAGGCCAAGCACGUCUUUGCAGCCAAAAAACAAUACUGCGCCAACCUCUGCCUCAAAAUCAACGUCAAACUCGGCGGCAUGAACUGCUACCUCGGGAACGCGCAACUCCCCUUCGUCGCCGAAAAGCCCACCAUUAUCUUCGGCGCCGAUAUCACCCACCCCGCACCGGGGGACAACGCCAAACCCUCCAUCGCCGCCAUCGUCGCGUCCAUGGACGCCCAGUGCUCGCGGUACGCUGCGGCUAUCCGCGUGCAGAAGGGGAGGAGUGAGGGGAUUAGGGAUUUGACGGGGGCUGCGGUGGAGUUGUUGAGGACCUUCUAUCAGUUUUGUGGGAGUAAGCCGCAGAGGGUGCUGUUUUAUAGGGAUGGAGUUAGUGAGGGGCAGUUUGGGGAGAUUGCGAGGACGGAGGUGGCGGCGCUUGUUAAGGCUUGUUCUAUGUUGGAAGAGGGGUAUAGGCCGACGAUUACGUUUGUGAUUGUGCAGAAACGGCAUCAUGCACGGUUUUUCCCGUUGAAGAAGGCGGAUGCGGAUAAGUCCGGUAAUGUGCUUCCUGGGACCGUCGUCGAGGCGGGAAUCACCCAUCCUGCCGAGUUUGACUUCUACCUCGCCUCCCACCCCGGCCUCCAAGGCACCUCCAAACCGACCCAUUACCACGUCCUCUUCGACGAAAACCACUUCACAGCCGACGGCCUGCAAGAACUCACCUACCGCCUCUGCUACCUCUACUGUCGGGCCACGCGCGCCGUAUCCGUCUGCCCACCCGCUUACUACGCGCAUCUCGUCGCCGCGCGCGCCCGGUUCCAUUUUAUGGGCGAUUCGUGGGCUGAUCCGUUCUUUGUGCCCCCGAGCGUGGUGGAGUUGAACCUGCCGCCGCCGGCGGUUGUGAGCGUUAGUGUGGGCGGGCCCGGGGGGGAGAAUGCGGUGCCUUUGGGUGAAAGGACGGUCCGACAGGGGAGUAUACCUGUGCGGUCUCAGGAGGGUGUUGUGGCUGCUGCUCCCAUCACAUCCACCUCUACCACAACCACAACGGCAACGUCGGCGUCGGCCCGGUACAGCCCGACGACGGUGGGGAUGGAGCAUAUGACGGCUGCGUAUGGGCUUGUGAAGCCGGAUCUGGCGAAGGUUAUGUAUUACAUGUAGGCGGGGUGCGAGGUGACGUAUUAUCGCAGCGUGGACUGUGGAUGUGUUAGCUUUCCUAUGGAGGUUUGGGGAUGGCUUCCUUUUUUUCUUGGGAUGGGCCUGGGUGUAAAUGUUAAUGGGUGGGGUGUAAAUAAACGUAUGUAAAUUAUUGAAGCUUUGCGAACGGAAAAGCAGGACGGGAAAACAACGUGGGGAAAAGUGAGGGAAAAGCGACGCCGCUGGGCCCGCGUGCGAAAGCGCGUGCCUCGCCCGGCCGACGCUUGUACUGUAUGUAAUAUUCGAACCCUGAAGGCCCCUAAUGUCGCCUAAUGUGGAGCAUAUGACAAAGAUCGUGGCCGAACU